CCGCCCCCCGGAGGACCCGCCCGCGGCCCGAGACUCGCUGCGCAGCUGGAAGCGGCGGGGCGUGCGCGGCGGGCGGGCGCAGCGCGGCGAAGCAGGACCGGGAGCUGUCUGCGUUCAGGAGCAGCAAUGUCCGUGAAGGUGGCGGCCCCGGGAAACAUGGGGCUGGGCCCGGAGCACCUGAGCCCUGAGGAGCUGGUGCGACAGACGCGACAAGUGGUACAGGGGCUGGAGGCCCUGCGGGCAGAGCACCGGGGCCUGGCCGGGCACCUGGCGGAGGCCGUGGCAGGACAGGGCCCGGUGGCUGGCCUGGAACUGCUGGAAGAAAAGCAGGAGGUGGUGAGCCACUCACUGGAGGCCAUCGAGCUGGGGCUGGGUGAGGCCCAGGUGCUGCUGGCCCUGUCGGCACACGUGGGCGCGCUCGAGGCUGAGAAGCAGCGGCUGCGAGCGCAGGCCCGGCGGCUGGCCCAGGAGAACGCGUGGCUGCGGGAAGAGCUGGGGGAGACGCAGCAGCGGCUGCGGGCCAGCGAGGAGGCUGUGGCCCAGCUGGAGGAGGAGAAGAGCCACCUGGAGUUCCUGGGGCAGCUGCGGCAGUAUGACCCGCCUGCGGAGAGCCAGCAGCCCGAGUCCCCCCAUCGGCAGGACAGCCUGGCCUCCCUGUUCCCCAGUGAGGAGGAGGAGAGGAAAGGUCCCGAGGCAGCGGGGGCCAUCUCUGCUCAGCAGGGUGGCUACGAGAUCCCGGCCCGCCUUCGGACCCUGCACAACCUCGUGCUCCAGUACGCGGGGCAGGGCCGCUACGAGGUGGCGGCACCCCUGUGCCGCCAGGCCUUAGAGGAUCUGGAGCGGAGCUCAGGCCACUGCCACCCUGACGUGGCCACCAUGCUCAACAUCCUGGCGCUGGUGUACCGGGACCAGAACAAGUACAAAGAGGCCACAGACCUUCUCUAUGACGCCCUGCAGAUCCGGGAGCAGACGCUGGGCCGGGAGCACCCCGCGGUGGCCGCCACCCUCAACAACCUGGCCGUCCUCUACGGGAAGCGUGGGCGUUACCAGGAGGCGGAGCCCCUGUGCCAGCGCGCCCUGGAGAUCCGUGAGAAGGUCCUGGGGGCUAGCCACCCGGACGUGGCCAAGCAGCUCAACAACCUGGCCCUGCUGUGCCAGAACCAGGGCAAGUUCGAGGAGGUGGAGCGGCACUACGCCCGGGCCCUGAGCAUUUACACGGCCCUCGGUGGGCCUCACGACCCCAACGUGGCCAAGACCAAGAACAACCUGGCCUCAGCCUACCUGAAACAGAACAAGUACCAGCAGGCGGAGGAACUGUACAAAGAAAUCCUCAGCAGGGAGGCCCUGCCCGCCCCUCUCGGUGAGCCCCCAGCCCCUCCCCUCUCCCCAAGGGGGCUCAGCAUCCCCACCACAAUGGCCCCAUCUGUUCCCCAGGAACCCCCAACACAGGCACAGCUGGUGACGCAGAACAGCAGACCCUUCGUCGGAGCAGCUCAUUCUCCAAGCUCCGAGAGUCCAUCCGGCGGGGAAGCGAGAAGCUGGUCUCCCGGCUCCGAGGCGAGGGGGCGGUGGGGGCAGCUGAGUGAGUGUUGGGUCAGGUUGGUGGCCGAAUCUGUAGCCCGCCCCUCUCCCUGCCCUGCUCAAGAACCUUCCAUGGCUCCCACCUCCCCUGCCACACAUACAAUCAAACCUGGCGCUGGAGAGGUCCCUCCCAGGGUGGGAGCCAGACACUCCUGGGCUCACUUGUGCCCCACCCCCCGACUUUCCUCUGUAGGAUGAAGAGAGCCGUGUCACUCAACAUGCUGAACAUGGAUGGUACCAGGGCUGCUGGGAACCAGGUGAGGGGGACAGCCGGGUCAAGGGUGGAGUGAGGGGACACACUGACAGGCCCAGAGGCAAGGGAAGGGUGGGAGUGGUCAGGCUGGCGGUGGAGUGGACACCAGGACAGGGAGCACGGAUGGCUUUUACUUGGGUAGAGGCGGGGGAACGGAUGGAUGGAGUCAGGGUGGACGUGGGGACAGGAGGACGAGCAACACGGCCAUCAGGACAGACAAGCUGGCAGCCAGGCUGCUGGGGAGGAGCCCUAGGGGCAGCUGCAGCAGAGCUGUGUCCUGCCCCUCACCCACUCCGUGCCUGU